AUGGCAGACAUCCCCUUGGCUGUCAGCGAAAAUGACCCUUCACUCGGAAACAACACAUCUCGCCAGGACCAAUCCUCACCUACUUCGACAUCCUCGACUAACGACCUGCACGGCAUCGUCUUUAUGGAGAUUGUGAACGCCGCCCAUCUGCCGCGGCUACGCAAUGUCACUAGGACGGGCUUUGACAUGGACCCCUUCGUCGUCAUCUCCUUUGGAAAGUACAUCUUCCGAACCAGGGUGGUACGCCACAGUCUCAAUCCUGUGUGGAAUGCCAAGCUCAUGUUCAGAGUCCACCAUGGCGAGGAGAACUUUAGCGUCAAGUUCUCUCUGCACGACUGGGAUAAAUUCAGUGGAAACGACCAUGUCGGCGCUGCCAUACUGCCUAUCAACAGCCUUAUCCAGGCGGCUAAUGAACAAGAAGAAGCCCCGGUUUACCCGUCAGAUCCCUUGGCCGACGGUGCAGAUCCAGAUAUGAGGGAACAUUAUCUCAAUAUUGUCCUUGAUAGUAACAUUAAGAUUGCCACAAUGGACCCGCACCUAUGCAUUCGCGCAAAAUUUGUCCCCUAUACAACCCUAAGACGGCGCUUCUGGCUCAGUCUCGCAAAGGCCUACAACGCUGACAACGAACGUGGUCGUUACAGUAAGGUCCUAAUUCAGACGAUGCUCGAGGGACUUGGCUCGACUCUCUCCAGCAAGACCAUCGACAGCUUCUUUGCGCCUUUCAACAAAAAUCCAGAGAAGGACGAGUUGACGUUUGACGAGUUGUUUGAAAGACUGGAGCGACAAGUUAAGCUGGACGAUCGUGCAACGGCCCCUGCUCCAGAACCGGUCUCUCUGAAGAAGUGGUUUAGACGGUCCCGUUCCACCAAUCCUUUGGAUACCAGCUCAAAGGAUGAUCAGGAGGGAGGGGAAGAGGACCAGGAGGACGCAGAACUGUACCGGGACCUCACCCGCAGCCAGGCCCCACGCGAGUCGAGUCCUCAGGCCGCAGACAUGGUCGAGCCCACAGAAGCCGAUUUUGAUCCGCAAAGUUCAGAAGGGGAACAUGUCAUCCGCAUAUCGACGUGCCCUAUCUGCCACGAUGCCGGCCUUGGCCACAAAUUGGAGACGGACGUCAUCACUCAUAUUGCUGUCUGCUCAGGCAACGAUGGCUUCAACAUGGACAAGCUGAUUCUAGGUAACUUUGUGACCGAGGCGAAUGCUCAGCGCAAAUGGAUCACCAAAGUAGUCAAGAGUCUGGGCUAUGGCCGAUAUGUCGUUGGCAAGAGCAACGCAAACAUUAUUGUCCAGGACCGUGCAACGGGAGCCAUGUUGGAGGAAAAGAUGCCAACAUUUGUUCGCCUCGGAAUCCGUUUGCUCUACAAGAGUCAUGCGAACAAGAUAGGCGUAGGCAAGAUUCUAGCGGACAUGUCCAGGAAGCAGGGUCUUAAGUUUGAUGAUCCACGGUCGAAACGCGACAUCGAGCCAUUUAUCCGGUUCCAUAAUCUCGAAGCGCAGAUGAUGGAGGUCCUGGAGCCUGUCCAGAACUUCAAGAACUUUAACGAGUUCUUUUAUCGCAAACUCAAGGCCAGUGCACGCACAUUGGCCUCACCGGGAGAUGAUCGAGUUGCUGUCAGUGUGGCCGACUGCCGGAUGACAUGCUUCCAGACGAUCUCGGACGCACAAAAGUUCUGGAUCAAGGGACGGCAGUUUACAAUUGCCAAGAUGCUUGCGGACGAAGAAUUGGCCAAGAAGUACGUGGGCGGUAGUCUGGCCAUCUUCCGUCUCGCACCUCAGGACUACCAUAGAUAUCACAUUCCCGUCAAGGGCGUUCUCUCAGAAUCUAGAGAGAUUGUAGGAGAGUACUACACCGUGAACCCGAUGGCUAUCCGCAGCCAGUUGGAUGUCUAUGGCGAGAACAAGCGUACGAUCUCCACAAUCGAGUCUAAGGAAUUUGGCACGGUCGCAUAUGUGGCGAUCGGCGCUAUGAUGGUCGGCUCGAUCAUAUUGACAACUAAGGGCGGACAAGCCGUCGAGCGGAUGGAUGAGCACGGCUACUUUGCCUUUGGUGGCUCCACUGUCGUUGUUCUCUUUGAGCCAAACUCGAUUCAUUUUGACGAGGAUCUGCUGCGAUCGUCCAAGGAGCAAAUUGAGAUGCUCGUCAAGGUCGGCAUGCGUGUCGGUGUUUCCACCAGAGCGUAG